GCUGAUAACAAGCAGCACCAUCACUCGACAAUUCGCAGAGCAACAGAUAAGAAGUGUACAGCAAGUGUUAAGAAGAAAAGACAAACAAGGAUAGUUGCCUUCUCCUACCGUCUUAAAGCGGAGACACUCUCUGCGGGGGAAAGACUUGUUCCCCGUCAUCAAAGAGAUGAGAGGGCUGGAACAGCCGGUGAAACAGUUUGCACGAUAUAAAAUAAACACACCGCUAGAGGAGAUGGAAAAGGAUGAAGUGAAUAGCGCCUUUAGGAAACGGACCGGAGAAUCUGAAAAAGAGUGCAUGCAGAUGGCUGGUAAAGAGAUGACAGAACAAAACCUAAAGACGCUUCUUCAUCUAGUAAUUCUGAGGGCGAAUGAGUUCGGCCAACCAGCUGGCCAAGAAUUAAGCACCGAGAACAAGGACAGUGAGCCGGAAGAGCCACCUGCAAAGAAAGUGAAGCCGACCCCGAGUGUUGAGAAGAGGCUACAAGAACUUGAGAAAAGUCAGAAAAACGAAGACAAAGAAAUAGAAAAUGUAAAAGAAAAGGAAUUUAACAUUUACGUUCCUGACUGUGAGAAAAGUGACGAAUUUAACCCAGAGGAAAUUGUUUUACGUAAGAGAGAGCAUCCUACCUGGACAACACUGCGGGAAUACGGUUCCAAACCAACAAUCCAUGCAGAUGGACAAGUGGAAAAUAAUGAAGUUGACCUUCCUGCUAUUGACGAAAGGUUGAGCCAGCUUGAAAAGAAUGAAGAUAAUAAGAAAGCUACAAAGAAGAUGAAAAGCUUGGAGAAAAGGAUGCGACUUUUCUUACCGCAGUUACCGCACUCUCCGGACUUAACAAGUAUGACGCCACACGACGUAUGCAGAUUUAUGGUAUGGAGUGAUAGACUGAAGACGCAGGUACACGAAAUCUCGUGUCGACACUUGGGUAAAUUAGGUUUAUUUGAAUGCGCAUGUCCUACUAGGCUCGCGGCAGGAACUAUUCAUAAUAUGAUGCAACAGAUAUCUGAAAUCUUGUAUAUUCAUGGAGGAACUCGAUCAUGGGAUGUUCAUACUAAGUCUGGAAAUCCCUGCUUGUCCCCUGAAGUGGAAAACUAUGUAAAACUUUGUAAAGAAGAACAGGCAAAGUCCCAUGUGUUAUCUAAACAAGCAAAACCAAUAUUUUUAGGAAAGAUAAAGAAAUUGACAUUGUUUAUUGAAAGAGAAUUUGCUCACCGUGACCUUUCUUUAAGGGAAAAGUUCGUCUUAAUCAGAGAUCAAGCGAUAUUCAAGAUCCAGUACUUUGCGGGAGAUAGAAUCAGCGAUGUUUGCAAUAUUUUGUCGCAGGAAGUUAAAAAAUUACAAGAUAACUCCAGUUUUGUUUUCAACCACACCUACGGUAAGACGUUACGUGGAGAUGGAAAGUCAGACACUUUUGUCGUUAAAAGAUCUCAAGAUAAGUCAAUCUGUCCUGUUGUAGGGCUAGAGAAUUACUAUGCCUGGUCAAAACAAAAUAAGGUGGAUCUGAGUCUAGGAUAUCUCUUUAGGCCCGUAUCAGGACGAGUACUGGAUCAACAGCUGGGAUGUUCAGCGAUUAAUGAACGACUAAGGUAUUACCUGGUAUCUUUGGGUAUCUAUGAAGGAGAAACCCCACACAGUCUACGGGGCGGUUUUGUGGUAACCAUGGCGAUUUCAGGCACUGCGGCAUCUCCCAAGGAUGUCGGAUGGUCGAGUGAACGAUGGGCUUAUUAUUAUAGCAGGACAAAAACCUUGACAGAUUCUAGCACUUUAGCAAGCAAUAUUGCCAACUUAUCGGCAGACACAGACGAAAUUGAAGGAUUUUACAGGACACAUGGAGAUUUUUCCUCCCUUAAUCCAGCCUUUAACCCAACAAAUUAA